AUGUCGCCCCCGGAAGCACCCGCAAGCCCAGCGCUUCCCGGCCCUGGAUCUGAGCCUAGAGGCGCGGAUGCCUCCGAGGUGACAUGCAUCCAAGACCCCUCGGUGGGGUUGGAGCCUGUUGCUGAGCCCGACAAGAUCAAGGACGGGAACACGGACAACAAGAACAGCUUGACAACUCCAGCUCAAACUCAAGCUCAUGCCGUUGCCGAGCCUGACUCUGACUCUGUUGCGGCCGAUGCGAAUCCAACCGCCUCUGCGAGCGAGCAUCACGACGACGACGACGACGAAGACAAGCAAGACACACAGACUCGAGCUAUGACGACAACGACGCCUCCCGUCAACCCUCCCUUCGGCGAUUCCCCCAAAGAAGCAGCCGCUGAUAUCCAUCUCCAUACAAGCACCCCUAGCGCUCCCGGCGCAGACAACAGCAAGCCUCCUCAGCACUCUCCAGACUCACCGCUGGACAUGGCCAGCGACGGGGCCGGCAGCAGACCGACAAAUGCGGAGCUCGAGCAGGGCUCUGUCUCUGUCUCCGUCUCUGGCCCCGACUCUGUCCCCGACUCUGCCUCUGGCUCGGCAUCAGGCACUGCCGAAGCCAGAGACAGCAGUUCCAGAGCCAAAGACAAAGCUCCCGCACGCGAGAUUCACGAUACGCACGAGACCAUGGCUGAGCCCACAGACGCCAUCUCUUCCUCCGUCCUCACCAUCAAGGCCACCGUUGCGAGCCCGUCAUCGCCGUCAUCGCCCAUGCAGCCUGACUACCCAACCACGCAGCUUCUCGUGCCCGAGCAUCCCAACUAUGUCGACCCAACUCCGCCCACGCCCAUGGCCUCGCGCCCUCCCUCUCGCGCCCUCUCCACAGCCCGAAGCGACGACGCAUCUCCCACCAGAUCCGGUCCCGAGUCGGACGAUAAGAGCGAGGAUGACCAGGAAGGCUCACGGUCCGAGAUUCAGAGCAUCAUGGAGCAGUUUAGCGAGUACGGAGGCGGCCCUGAUGCCGAUGAAGUCAUGAGCCCGCGCCUGGAGAUUGCUUCGCCCAUGCUGGGAUCUUCUCUGCAGCACCCGCCUCGAAAAUCCAGUCUCGAGCCUCUGUCGCCCUCGCUUGCCAGCCAGCUUCAGGGACUCAACGCCCUACACAUCUCGACGCCCGGCGACGACGACCACGGACCUCCUGUCCCCCCUAAAGACGGAGCCAUGGGCACGCCUCCGAGACCCAAAGAUGCACGACCUCUGCCCAACAGUGUCGCAUCCCCAGCAUCUCCUACCAUAUCCAUGCACAGGCCGCCGCCUCCAGAGCCUGAACCCGAACCGUCCUUGCCCUUCGACUUCCACAGAUUCUUGGAGCAGUUGCGGAACAAAAAGGCGGAUCCCGUGGCGAGAUAUCUCAAGUCGUUCCUCUUCGAAUUUGGGAAACGCCAGUGGAUGGUGCACGAGCAGGUCAAGAUCAUUAGCGAUUUCCUGGCCUUCAUCGCCAACAAGAUGUCGCUGUGUGAGGUAUGGCGGGACGUGUCGGAUGCAGAGUUCGAUAACGCUAGAGAAGGCAUGGAAAAGCUCGUCAUGAAUAGGCUCUACACACAAACCUUUUCACCAGCCAUUCCGCCGCCCAAGCCGAUACCUGGAGCGAAGCCUAGGCGGAGAGGAGGCGAUCCUCCGCUGGGUCCUGGUCGGAGAGGUCAGCACCAGGAGGACGUCGAGCGAGACGACAUUGUGACGCAGAAGAUCAACAUUUACGGCUGGGUUAAAGAGGACCAUCUAGAUAUCCCACAAGUUGGGGAGAGCGGCAGGCGGUUUCUGAAACUAGCGCAACAAGGCGAGUCCCUCUACAUACACAUAUGCACGCUGAUCUACAUUAUGAUGGAUCUUAUUGCUGACCAUUCCAUCAACCAGAACUCUUAA